AACUGAACAUCUUCUUCAAGUUAAUAAGAUAUGUAUGUACCGUUAGAUUGUCUUUGAGUGCAAAUUGCAUCCUGUUUUCUGAUCCAAGGACUAUCUCCAAAUAAUAUAUAAACAGUGGGGCUCUAUGAAAAUGGCAUGAGCCAAAUAGACAGUUGAAUUUUUUCAUUGCGUAUCCUCUUGGCUGUCUCUUAGCAAACACUUGGCUACUGCCAUAGUUAUGAGCAAUGACUCCAAAAUCUCUAUACCUGAAAACGUAUGCACUUCUUACACAAACACAAACAACACAGACUCACACACACACAUUUGCAUCCAUUCUUGAGCUUGAGUUUCUCAGUGCAAUGGCUUCUCCUGCUUCUUCCGCUUCAUCAGCAACAUCUUCACCUGCGGUACCUGGGGGAAAGUGCUUCUACUGCAGGUCCCUCUGUGCCCAAUUCAGGACUGGCUGGAAGCUUAGCAACGGCAAUUAUGCUGCGCUUUGUGAGACCUGCGGCUCUGCUUAUGAGGAUGGCAGCUUUUGCCGAAUAUUUCACUGGGAUUCUGAUGGAUGGCGGUUCUGUGUUACUUGUGGAAGUGCUGUCCAUUGUGGUUGUGUUAUGUCAGCACAUGCAUAUAUUAUGUUGGAUGUUGGAGGCAUUCGAUGCCUCAAAUGCUUAACCAGCGCCACUGGGGGAAGUAACCAGCGCCCGAAGCUUAUGAUGUCAGGGGAAACAACAGCAAAGAAGAUGGUUCCUUUCCGAAUGUUCCUUUGAAGUUGCAGUAUACAUAUAAUCAGUUAAUUCUGAUAUAUACAUACAUAUAUAAUAACCGCCUUGAAUAAUCAAGACAUUGUUUGGCAGCUCUAUCUUCAACUGAGCUGUUGCAACUUCAAGCUUUCUAUUUCAGAGAUGUAUUCCAAUAAUAUAUGCAUGGGAUUCAUGCAUUGAAUUGCUUUAGUUUAAUA